GCGAGCCUUGGCUUCCGGCCAGCGUCUUUUCCAAAUAAGAAGGCAGGGGCUGCCGCAGGGUGCACAGGGGUCCGGGGCGCCGCAGAGGCAGACUUGGGCUUCCUGGUCUCCUCUGCUCUCCAGGCUAGACGGGAGAAAGGCCAAGAUGGUGGAGGCUUUCUGUGCUGUCUGGAAGCUGACCGACAGUCAGAACUUCGACGAGUACAUGAAGGCCCUAGGUGUGGGCUUCGCCACGAGGCAGGUGGGCAACGUGACCAAGCCCACGGUGAUCAUCAGUCAGGAGGCGGGCAGGGUGGUGAUCAGGACCCAGUGCACGUUCAAGAACACGGAGAUCAGCUUCCAGCUGGGGGAGGAGUUCGAGAUCAGCGCGGACGACAGAAAGUGCAAGUCUGUUGUUAGCCUGGAUGGAGACAAACUCGUGCACAUACAGAAAUGGGACGGCAAGGAAACCAAGUUUGUGAGAGAAAUUAAGGAUGGCAAAAUGGUCAUGACUCUUACCUUUGGGGACGUGGUCUGUGUUCGCCACUAUGAGAAGGUGUAGAGCAGCUCCAGCUUGGCUGGGGAAGCGCUCGGAUUAUUCUGCCUGCUCAGCAGCAGCAGCGCUGCCCUCUGACACGAAGGUUACGCUUGUGGUAGAGGCAGAGGACGUCGACUGGGAAAUGUUACUCCAAACAACUAGCUCAAUUUUGACAUGCACGUUUAUCAUGUGUUGUGAUUUCUAUUACAACUUUGUCACAACUUUUUAAUAAAAAAGUGAGUACAUUUUAUAAUUUUCUUUGGAAUACAAAUAAAAAUCACUGGAAUAAAAAUCA